CUCCCGGGUCGGGGUCACAUUCCAGCUUCAGGCUUCCCAGGGGUCACAGCCCCCUCCCCCCGGACGGGGUGACCGGCCACAGGCAGGGGGUCGCCGUUUCCCGGAGCCCAGCCUCCCGGCCCCCCGCAGCCGCCGGGUCUCAGUUUCCCGCCCGGGGAAGCCCUGGUCCCUCCCCCCGGGAGGACGGGGCCCCUCCUCCGGAGCCAUGGUGCCUGUCCCCUCGGGCCCAGGCUCAGCCCCCGCAUCCCCGGCUGCUCGGCCCGUUUCGGCGCCGGAGCGGGCGGCCGAGGUCUCGCCGCGUUCGGCCGGCAGCCUGUCUGCGCGGCCGCGGUCGGCGAGCGCGGGGCUCGUGGGCCUGCUGCUGCGCCAGGCCCGGUGGGGCGAGAUGGCGGCCCGCGGCUUCCUGGAGGCCGGCCUGGCCCGGGUGCUCUUCUACCCGACGCUGCUCUACACCGUGUUCCGCGGGAAGGUGCCGGGCCCGGUGCACGUCGACUGGUACCACCGCAUCGACCCCACGGUGCUGCUGGGCGCGCUGCCUCUGCGGAGCAUGACCCGCCGGCUGGUGGAGAACGAGAACGUGCGCGGGGUGAUCACCAUGAACGAGGAGUACGAGACGAGGUUUCUGUGCAACUCCUCCAAGGAGUGGAAGAAUGUAGGAGUGGAGCAGCUGCGGCUCAGCACUGUCGACAUGACUGGGAUCCCAACCUUGGCGAACCUUCAGAAAGGAGUCCAGUUUGCGCUCAAGUACCAGGCCCUGGGCCAGAGUGUCUACGUGCAUUGUAAGGCUGGACGCUCCCGAAGUGCUACUAUGGUGGCAGCAUAUCUGAUUCAGGUUUACAACUGGACCCCAGAGGAGGCUGUAAGUGCCAUCACCAAGAUCCGGUCACACAUUUACAUCAGACCUGGCCAGUUUGAAAUUCUCAAAGAGUUCCACAAGGAGAUUACUGCAGGGAAAGCAAAGGAGACUUUUGCGUCAAAAACAUGAACUACACAGACUGAGAAAGAACUCAAGACAACCUUACUUGCUAUAAAAAAACAGAAGUUGCACAGGACCAGAGGGGCUCAGGCCUGCACUUGACAUCACAGAAAAGUGUUAAGUAACAGAUGGUUUUGCUUCCUUUGUUAUCGUGUGAUUUCCCCGAAAUAACACUGUUGUAUGGCUAGAACUAA